GAUGGUCGCAAGAUGGCGGCGCUGAAGGAGGAUCGGAGCUACGGGCUGUCGUGCGGGCGAGUGAGCGACGGCAGCAAGGUGUCCGUGUUCCACGUGAAGCUCACCGACAGUGCCCUGAGGGCCUUCGAGAGCUACCGCGCCAGCCAGGACUCUGUUUCACUGAGACCUUCGAUCCGAUUUCAAGGAAGUCAGGGGCACAUCUCCAUCCCCCAGCCUGACUGCCCCACGGAGCCGCGGACGUUCUCCUUCUACCUCUCCAACAUCGGCCGUGACAGCCCCCAGGGCAGCUUUGACUGCAUCCAGCAGUACGUCUCCAGCCAUGGGGAUGUCCACCUGGACUGCCUGGGCAGCAUCCAGGACAAAAUCACAGUGUGUGCCACCGACGACUCCUACCAGAAAGCACGGCAGAGCCUGGCACAGGCUGAGGAGGAGACACGGAGUCGAGGCGCCAUCGUCAUCAAGCCCGGAGGCCGUUACCUGGGCAAAAAGGUUCAGUUUCGAAAACCGGCCCCAGGGGCAGUGGAUGCUGUGCCCUCCCGGAAGCGGGCGACCCCCAUCAACCUGGCAAGCGCCAUCAAGAAGACCAGCACUGGCAGCGUUAGCGGGGGCAGCGGGGUGUCUCAGAGGCCCUUCCGUGAUCGGGUGCUGCACCUGCUGGCACUGAGGCCCUACCGGAAGGCCGAGCUGCUGCUGAGGCUGCAGAAGGACGGCCUGGCCCAGGCGGACAAGGACACACUGGAUGGCCUCCUCCAGCAGGUAGCCAACGUGAAUGCCAAGGAUGGCACGUGCACGCUGAAGGACUGUGUGUACAAGGAUGUGCAGAAGGACUGGCCCGGCUACUCGGAGGGGGACCAGAAGUUGCUGAAGCGGAUGCUCAUCCGGAAGCUGUGCCAGCCACAGAGCUCAGGCGGCCUCCCUGGGGACCUUGCGGCCAACAGUCCUCCAGGCGAGCAUGGGAGCUCAGCCUCACCCCCUCAGAAACGGCCACAGCCUCCUGAUUUCAUCGACCCUCUGGCCAACAAGAAACCCAGGAUAUCGCACUUCACCCAGAGAGCUCAGCCUGCAGUCAACGGGAAACUGAGUGUGCCCCACGGCCGUGAGGCCCUGCUUCCCACCCCGGGCCCACUGGCUGGUACAGACGCCCACCUGCCCCCGCGGCUGGAGCCACCACGGGCCCACGACCCCCUGGCCGAUGUCAGCAACGACCUGGGCCACAGCGGCCGGGAUUGCGAGCGUGGGGAAGUGGCCGCCCCGGCACCUACUGAGUGCCUCAACCUGCCCCUGCUGACGGACUGUGCCCAGCCCAGCAGGCCCCAUGGCAGCUCCUUGCACGGCAAGUCCAAGAAGAAAUCCAAGAAGCACAAAGACAAGGAGAGGGCGGCUGAGGACAGGCACCGGCCCCGGCCGCCAGACCAGAUGCCGGGCCCCCUUGGAGCCCCACCAGUCGCCCCGGGUUUAAAUGGGACCUGCAGCAGCUCAAGUGUUCCCACGUCGACCUCGGAGACGCCCGACUACUUGCUAAAAUACGCCACUAUCUCCUCCUCGGAGCAGCGCCAGAGCUACAAAAACGACUUCAAUGCUGAGUAUAGCGAGUACCGAGACCUGCACGCCCGCAUCGAGCAGAUCACGCGGCGCUUCACGCAGCUCGAUGCCCAGCUCCGGCAGCUCUCCCAGGGCUCCGAGGAGUACGAGACUACUCGUGGGCAGAUUUUACAGGAAUAUCGAAAAAUCAAGAAGACCAACACCAACUACAGCCAGGAGAAGCACCGCUGUGAGUACCUGCACAGCAAGCUGGCCCACAUCAAGAGGCUCAUCGCUGAGUAUGACCAGCGGCAGCUGCAGGCCUGGCCUUAGCCCAAGGCCACAGGGCAGGAGGCCCCACCCAGCCAGCCAGGCCAGCUCACCUCACCGGGCUGACCGUUCUGGAUGGUGGGGGAGCUGGGGGCGAGGGGGAGCUGAAGAUGAGGAAAAAAGAGAUUUAUUUGAAAAAAUAAACGUGAGGAAGACGCAUUCAUCUGAGCCAGGAACGCCGGCUUUCAGGGGAGUCCCUGCAGCCCUGGCGCCCACAGGUCACGCAGACCCAGGUGGGGUGUCCAGCUCCCCCGGGGCCCCACACACCUCCCCACCCAGGAUGGGCUCCCCAAGAAGCCCACCUCCUCGCCAGCCACCCCGGCCCCCCAGGGGCUUCAGCUUCCUGUCAGUGAAAGACUCCAAGGCCGGCCUGCCUGCCUGCCUUUUCUAGUUUUAUACAAAGACAGCCACUUUUAGCUACUGCUUAUGAGACUUGAGUCUAUUUUUAUACGAAAGAGAAAGCAUCUUUUUUCUAAACCUGUGCCUCCCCUCCUUGGACGCCCAGGGUCUAGGCGCUGCCCUGUGUCCUUUCUACAGUAUUACAGAUGCUCGGGAAGUUCGGCGUUGUUUCUGUGAGCUCCAGGGCUCCCAGGAGAGAACCUGUGGGGGGUGGGCAGGGGUGCCUCUCCCACGCUGGUCUCCCUCACACACAGCCUCUCCCUGGCUCUAAGGGGGCGUGCAGGGCAAUGCGACCCCCGCAGCUCUAUUUGGAAAACUCCAGCUGGUCCAGGAGCAGCUGCUGGGAGCCACCAGGCCCGCCCUGCUAUUCCAGGCCCUCAGCUGUCAGGGGUCGCUGGGAGUUUCUGUGCUUGUAGCCUGCGCUCUGCGGCAGCAGUGUCGGAUUUUAUUUUACUGUCUUCUCAAUUCUCCCCUUUGCUGCUGCUCUUCAUUUCGCACUGUUGAGACCAAGUGGUCUCCAUGCUGUUGACCUCGCUCCGCCCCUCAGCCCACUUGUGGGUCCUGGGGUCGUCUUUGCAGAGCCACCACGGGGUUUGCACUCAG